AUGAGGAAGCUUAAAGGUGCAGUGAAAGAAACCGCGAGACAAAAGCGAGAGAGAAAGCAGGAGUUUGCUAAAAUGCGCCAGCAAAUACACACAGUUGUUUUACCGACUUUUGCGGUUAUAUUCUUGUUAAUUUGCGUAUACGUGUAUCUAAAAACCAGGCCGACAUCGAUGCAGUACGCGUAA